AUGAGCCUCAACUUUAGCAGUCCCGAUUCCUUGACCCGGCUCUCCGGUCUUGCGGAGGAGAUGAUCAAGGAAUCGGCACAAAUGAUUCGCAAGUCUGACGCCAUGCCCACGAGUACUCGUCUUCAGCGAUCCAUCCCCACGUACUACGACGGCUUCCAGGACGCCUUGGACAAUCUCUCAGAGCAAAUUUUCAUCGCCAAGGCGUUUCUAGAGAAAGAGUACGGAGCUAUCAAGGCUCGCGAGGCGGUACCCCCACCCAACGAAAGUGUUUCCACGACCGAAAUAGGCUCAAAGACAGAGGGAAUUUCCAAAACCACAUCCCCGGCGCCAGACAACCCCCGCGAGGAGGCUGUCAAGGUCGAACCGACGGCGGACGAGAGUACAAUCGCAGUCCUCACCGCACCUGUAGUCGCAUCCUCGCAUGACAAAACAGAUGAGCAUAAGACAGAUGCAGAAGAGAAAGAACCGGGGACUGAGUCAGCCACGAAUCAGACAAUACCUGGAACAGGCGAAGGCAUGAAGUAUGACACCGGUCUUGACGGUGCCGGGGCCCCCAACUCCUUCGACCUCAAUUACGAUUUCGGCAACGACGACUCUGGCAAUCAGGCUUUUCUGUCUGGUACAUCUUUUGGAAACCCCACCGCUAGUAAUGAUAAGGGAGGACAAGCCACGGCGCCAGCUAAACCACAGGCUGCGCCCACGGCGGGAGGCGGCGCAUUCGACAUGGAGCUGGGCAAGACCGAUAGCCACUUGAAUUCGUUCGCGGAUCACUCCAACGGAAUGGACGACAUGAUGGGGCCGGGCGAGUCAAGCUUUGAUGAUCUUUUCAUGGAGGCAGACAACAUGGGCGGUACUGGAGGCGAUCUCCGGCAGCUGGAGGGGAACAACUUGAUGGAGAUGAAUGAGCUGGACGAUAGUUGGUUCAACUGA